UUUAGGGCUAUGAAUAGAUUGUAUUACAUCUACAAACGCUACAGUUAUCUAAGACGCUAGUAUUACGCUGUUACUCUGCCGUGCAACCAGAGAGUCAUGAUCUCUUUCCAUCUUCCCCUCAAAAGUUCCUUCUGAUGGGCCCCGAGUUUAUAAGUGGUUCGAAGUUUAGGCCCAGAUAAAAAUCUGCGAAAAAUAAAAAGAAAUGCAUCUCGUCCCUAAAGAGCUUGAUAAGCUCGUCAUCUCGCAACUGGGCUUUCUGGCCCAGAAGAGACUUGCUAGGGGCGUUAAGCUGAACCACACCGAAGCCACCGCCCUCAUCGCGAAUAACCUCCAAGAACUCAUCCGCGAUGGCCAGCACACCGUCGCCGACCUCAUGGCCAUCGGCUCCACCAUGCUCGGCCGGCGGCACGUGCUCCCCUCCGUCGUGAGCACCCUGCACGAGAUCCAGGUCGAGGGCACUUUUCCCUCCGGCACCUACCUCGUCACCGUGCACAACCCCAUCGCCACCGACGACGGCGACCUAAGGAAGGCCCUGUACGCCAGCUUCCUGCCCGUGCCCAGCCAGGACCUGUUCCCGCCCGCCGACGCCGCCGCCUACGACGCGGCGGGUCAGCCCGGCGCCGUGGUCGUAGCUAGGGCAGCCCGCGUCGCGCUGAACCCGGGACGCAGACGCAUCCGCCUCCGCGUCACGAGUAAGGGCGAUCGGCCCGUGCAGGUCGGUAGCCACUACCACUUCAUCGAGGCGAACCCGCGGCUCGAGUUCGACCGCGGCGCCGCGUACGGCUUCCGCCUCGACAUCCCCGCCGGCACGUCCGUGCGCUUCGAGCCCGGCGACACCAAGACCGUGGCCCUCGUCGAGAUCGGCGGGAAUCGCGUCAUCCGCGGCGGCAACGGGCUGGCCUCGGGGAAAGUCGAUCUUUCGCGCGUCGAGGCCAUCGUGGAGAAGUUGCAGAAGGCCGGAUUCGCGCAUGUGCCGGAGCCCGAGAGGCCGGAUUUGGGGGUUGUGGAUGGCUUCUCGAUGGAUCGGGCGGCGUAUAAGACGAUGUUCGGGCCGACGACGGGGGAUUUGGUUAGGCUUGGGGCGACGAAUCUCUGGGUUCGGGUUGAGAGGGAUCUUACGACGUACGGCGACGAGUGUAAAUUCGGCGGCGGGAAGACACUGCGUGAGGGCAUGGGGCAGAUGACUGGGUGCGCGGAUGCGGAUUGUUUGGAUAUGGUGGUGACGAACGCGCUGAUUGUGGAUUACACGGGUAUCUACAAGGCGGAUAUCGGUGUCAAAGACGGCAUGAUUAGUGCUAUUGGUAAGGCGGGUAAUCCGGACGUCAUGGAUGGCGUUACCGAGGGCAUGAUCGUAGGCAGUUGCACAGAUGUCGUUGCUGGCGAAGGCAAGAUUGUGACGACGGGUGGGCUGGAUACACAUAUUCACUUCAUAUGUCCCCAACAAGCGUAUGAGUCCAUUGCCUCGGGCAUUACGACGAUGCUUGGCGGUGGUACUGGGCCUAGUGCUGGUACUAACGCGACUACCUGCACGCCGGGGGCAAACUACAUCCGACAGGUGCUUCAAGCAUGCGACGAGCUGCCCAUAAACAUCGGCAUCACGGGCAAAGGCAACGACAGCGAUCCUCGCGCACUGCGGGAACAGGUCAUCGCAGGAGCCUGCGGCCUCAAGCUGCAUGAAGACUGGGGAACGACCCCCGCAGCUAUCGACUCCUGCCUAAGCGUGUGCGAUGAGCUAGAUGUGCAGUGUCUGAUCCAUACGGACACCCUUAACGAAAGCGGAUACGUGGAAUCCACGAUCGCGUCCUUCAAGGGCCGUACCAUCCACACAUACCACACGGAGGGCGCGGGCGGCGGCCACGCCCCCGACAUCAUCCGUGUCGUCGAGCACGAGAACGUACUACCGUCGUCGACGAACCCGACGAGGCCCUACACGCGCAACACGCUCGACGAGCACCUCGACAUGCUGAUGGUGUGCCACCACCUGUCGCGGAACAUCCCCGAGGACGUGGCGUUCGCGGAGUCGCGGAUCCGCGCCGAGACCAUAGCCGCCGAGGACGUCCUGCACGACCUGGGCGCCAUCUCGAUGAUGAGCUCGGACUCGCAGGCCAUGGGCCGGUGCGGCGAGGUCAUCCUCCGCACCUGGAACACCGCGCACAAGAACAAGGUGCAGCGGGGUUUCCUGCCCGAGGACGAGGGCACCGGCGCGGAUAACUACAGGGUUAAGAGGUACGUGAGCAAGUACACGAUCAACCCGGCCGUGGCGCAGGGUAUGGGGCAUUUAGUGGGGAGCAUUGAGGUCGGCAAGCUGGCGGACUUGGUGGUCUGGGAUCCGGCGUGGUUCGGCGCGAAGCCGGCUUUGGUUAUUAAGAGCGGAUUGAUCGCUUACGCGCAGAUGGGCGACCCCAACGCCUCGAUCCCGACAGUCCAGCCCAUAAUCGCGCGCCCCAUGUUCGCGCCCCUCGUGCCGCAGACCAGCGUGCUCUUCGUCUCGCAGGCCAGCCUGCCGCGGACCACGUCCGCGACGUACGGGCUGCGCAAGCGCGUCGAGGCCGUGCGCAACUGCCGCCGCGUCGGCAAGAAGGACAUGCGCUUCAACGACACCAUGCCCGCCAUGCGCGUCGACCCCGAACGGUACGUCGUCGAGGCCGACGGCGUGGUCUGCGCCGCGGAACCCGCGGAGACGUUGCCGAUUACGCAGGGGUUCUUUGUUUAUUAGCCCAAUGCGCCUACCUAGGCGUUAGUAUUGGUUAACACGUGGGGAUUUGGCGGCGGGAGUGGGAGGAUGGGUAGAAGAGGGGAUGGGCUUGGCUUGUGAAAAGGGGAUAGUGAGGACUUGGCUUCGUGGGGGGGUGAUAUUUCUUUGAUUUUGGCCAAGGGGAGAAAGGGGUUGGGUUUAUUGGGAGCUGCUGUUGUGUAGGGCUGGCUUCGAGAUGAUAUUUUGGUUACCUAUAGUAUGUGUGUAUAGGUGAUGGCCCUGGAACUGCUGGGAAAUAGGAAUUAUGUCUCGAGAUGAAAGGGAAAUGGAAAUAUUUAGGAUGGGUAUAUAUAAUAUGCAAACCUAGCUCUGAGGGUUCGAAAAUUGAAAUGCGUGGUUCCUACCUGUCUUUAGGCGUUUUAUUAUACUUAGGUAGUCAUUGAGUGCUUUGCCUUCUUUUGGCCGGCGACCCCGUUA